UUUCCUUCAUCUUAAUUACGUAAUUCUCAAGCUCACCACCUUCAAACAAUGGCGUAUAUCCCCACCCAUGUAUAUAUAUGUUUAUGUUCAUGACAGCGUCAAAUCCAUCACACAAAUCAAUCAACCACCAUUUGCUUCAACCUUCAAAUUUCUCUUCAGAAUUUUCACUAUAUGGAUCGAGUUGCGAAACUGGCAUCUCAAAAGGCAGUGGUGAUCUUCAGCAAGAGCUCGUGUUGCAUGUGCCAUGCAAUCAAGAGACUGUUUUACGAGCAAGGGGUGAGCCCAGCAAUCUACGAGCUGGACGAAGAUGCAAGAGGCAAGGAAAUGGAGUGGGCUUUGACGAGACUCGGGUGCAACCCGCCGGUCCCGGCGGUAUUUAUAGGUGGCAAAUUUGUUGGCUCGGCGAACACAAUCUUGACCCUUCAGCUCAAUGGUUCGUUGAAGAACUUGCUCAAAAAUGCAGGGGCCAUUUGGCUUUGACCUUGUACUGAAAGUAAUUUAUAGAGACAGCUAAUGUAUCUUUUAUAUGAACUUAUGCUUUGAAUUUUGGAAA